AUGGCUCCUCGAGUGAUUGUCGUUGGUGGUGGCCUGUCUGGCUUGAGCGCUGCUCACACCAUAUACCUGGCAGGCGGCAACGUCGUCGUCCUGGAUAAGCAGGGUUUCUUCGGAGGAAAUUCCACCAAAGCCACAUCCGGUAUCAACGGAGCUUUAACUAGAACACAAGUCGAGCAUGGCAUCCCCGACAGUGUCAAGCAGUUCUACGACGAUACUCUCAAGUCGGCUCGUGAUAAGGCUCGCCCCGAACUCAUCAAGGUCCUGACCUACAAGUCUGCUGCUGCUGUUGAGUGGCUCCAGGACGUGUUCGAUCUCGACCUCACUCUCGUCUCUCGUCUCGGUGGCCACUCUCAGCCCCGAACCCACCGUGGUCAUGAUGCCAAGUUCCCUGGUAUGGCCAUAACCUACGCUCUUAUGCAGCGCAUCGAGGAGCUCUCCGAGACGGAGCCUCACCGAGUCACCAUCAUCAAGAAGGCUCGCGUCACUAGUCUGAACAAGGAUGGCAACACCAUCACCGGUGUCACCUACGAGAGUGACGGCCAGACCGCCUCUCUCGACGGCCCUGUUGUCCUGGCCACGGGUGGCUAUGCCGCCGACUUUGGCGAGACGUCUCUGCUCCAGAAGCACCGCCCCGAUACCAUGGGCCUCGCCACUACCAACGGCACCCAUGCCACAGGUGACGGCCAGAAGAUGGUCAUGGCCAUUGGCGGCAACGGCAUCGACAUGGACAAGGUCCAGGUCCACCCCACUGGUCUGGUCGACCCUAAGGAUCCCGGAUCCAAGUGGAAAUUCCUGGCUGCCGAGGCUCUUCGUGGUGAGGGUGGUAUCCUCCUCAACGGCGACGGCGACCGAUUCUGCGAUGAGCUCGGCCACCGCGACUACGUUUCGGGCAUGAUCUUCAAGGAGAAGGACAAGGGCAAGUAUCCCGUCCGCCUCAUCCUCAACUCCAAGGCCUCCAAGACUCUGGACUUCCACACCCGCCACUACUCCGGCCGUGGUCUCAUGCGCAAGAUGACAGGCCAGGAACUGGCCAAGGAGAUUGGAUGCACUCCUGACCAUCUCCAGAAGACCUUCCAGACUUACAACUCGAUUGCCGAGGGCAAGCAGAAGGAUCCUUGGGGCAAGAAAUUCUUCCACAACAUGCCGGUAGACAUCGACGACGACUUCCACGUUGCGCUGAUGGAGCCCGUCCUCCACUUCACCAUGGGCGGUAUCGAGAUCAACGACAAGGCCCAGGUCCUCAACCAGGCGCAGAAGCCCUUUGACGGCCUCUUUGCCUGUGGUGAGCUGGCUGGUGGUGUCCACGGCGCCAACCGCCUGGGUGGUUCGUCGCUACUCGGCUGUGUCGUCUACGGCCGUGUUGCUGGCGACUCCGCCAGCAACUACCUCUUCCAGCAGGCCCUUUCUGGUACGGCUGCCGGAGCCGCCGCCCAACGUCUGGGUCAGAUCUCUCUCCACCUCGAUCCUUCGGCUCCUGGCAAGCUGACGGUCGAGUGGGCCAACGGUGGCUCGGCCUCCGGUGCUGCUGCCGUCCAGCAGCAAGCCGGCGCUGCUGCUGCUGCCGCUCCCGCCGGUGAGUCCGCCGCCAAGGCCAAACCCGACCCCAAGGCCUUCAAGAUCCCCGAGACGGAGUAUUCCAUGGAGGAGGUCGCUAAGCAUAACAAGGAGAGCGACCUGUGGGUGGUAGUUAAGGGGGUCGUUCUGGACCUCACCAACUGGCUCGACGAGCACCCCGGCGGUCCCCAGGCCAUCAAGAACUUCAUGGGCCGCGAUGCCACCGAGGAGUUUGAGAUGCUGCACGAUGACGAGGUCAUCCCCAAGUACGCCCCCGAGCAGGUUAUUGGCCGUGUCAAGGGCCAGGAACCGUCCCUCGAGUUCUAG